GAUGGUGGUGAUGUCACCUCAUUAGCAUAUUGGUGACUAUAUCUAAGCCUGCGCCCGGCGGAGUUACGCUUUCUGCUGUUGCGACCCUACUGCCUAGUUCCUCCAAACGAUUCGUCCUCACCACACGACCUGCAAAGAUGAGCGACAAACCCGACAUCUCAGAGGUGACCAGCUUCGACAAGAACAAGCUGAAGAAGACGGAGACUAAGGAGAAGAACAGCUUGCCCACAAAAGAAACCAUUGAACAGGAGAAGGCGGCGACGACGUCGUGAAGCCCCUCGCCAUGCUCCGCGUCCCCCACCCACCACCUCCCCAACACUCCUUCCUUCCUUCCUUCCUUCCUUCCUUCCUUCCUUCCUUCCGCAUUGCCUUGUUCUCAUCAGUCACUUCUUGUAGCUGUAUAAGUUUGUAAGUGAGCGACCCGAUCGCGCAGACGGGACGACGCCUUCGGUCGACGCAACGCGCCGCCAUCUUGAGGUCUGUUUUGUUGAGAAAGAUAGAAGAGGGGAGGAGGGGAGGAGGGGGAGGAGGAUGUGGUACAGGAUCCUGGAAGUUUUUCAGUGCCCGACUUGGCUCUGCAGUGGAGAGGUGGAAGGGACGAGGAAGGGCCUGCAUCCCGGGAAGUGCCCCCCCCCCCCCCACACACACACCACCAUGCACGUCACCACCCAAUUUCCCGCGUUGCUGCUUUUUGCGCCAAAGCUAAGGCGUCAAGCUUUUCUGCUAUUGUUAUGUCGUCUUUCUAAUUUUCAAAAAAAGUGCACAACUUUGUUUGUACAAUGUGAAUGACCACCACCGCCCAAAAAUGAUACUGUUGUAUGUAUGUUUUUUUUCUUGUAUACACGCAGGAUGAUAAAAAAUGGAUUUCAUCUAGUUCUGAAAACAAAUGGACCUUGUUUGUUGUUAAAAUGUACUUUGGCCCUUUUGUUUGAGUGAUUGACAAUUUUGGAAAAAAAAGGCAACCGAGUCUAUGUGCUUUGAGAUUGAUUGUUGGAAGAUUGUUUUUGUUAAGUCCCAACAGUUACAUUAUUCCGCCACACAUCAUUGCAAGGAAUGGAAAACCAUGAAAUGUUGUAAUAAAAAAUGAUUUGUUACUACGA